AUGGACUCAGAAGACGGAGAGCUGUUCAUAAAGCAACUGGCCACUUUCGUGCGCACCCACGAAAAGGCCCUGGCCAACGCUUUGCAACUGCGAAGGCAAAACCCCCCUCGACAUGGAGCUUCACAAAGCGUUUCCGCAGUGCCGACCGCAGGGCUCACGACUCCGACGACCAUUCCCGAACGACCUUCCACUGCUGCAGGGCCCUCUUCGAAUGGACUCGCCGCUGCGCUGUCCUUCGGCUCCCUGAACUUCACGUCUCAGACGGCCAAAUCAGCAAAGUUGGCUCUCACACCGCACCACCUAUUCUACCUCCUCUCGCGGUUCGAGGAGCUCAAGAUACCCGUCGGCCCCAUGAAGGUGCGCCUUGAGAAUUUACAUGAUACGAGUACAUCAGCGAAUUAUGUAUCGUUCCUGAGCCAGUCACAACGCUCCAAGACUCGAAGCUCAGAGGUCGGUUCAAUCCGGUCCGUGUCCAGCAUCCGAAGUGUCAUGUCUGGGAUGUCUGCACUGUGGUCGAAUUUUGGCAUCGGAUCGGGCAUGUCUGCUGCUCGCACUGAAAGACAAAAAGCUGCUCUGGACGCCGACCUAAAAUAUCUGUAUUCGGCAUUCACCAAGGUGCCGUGCCUUCGCCUGGCACCAGACUUUCGCGCUCGGCUUAUCAAGGGUUACGAGGAAUUCCCCUUCGACUCAGCAGUACCAUUACACAUUUUCAAGAACUGCCAGGCGCUCGAGGUUAGCGACAUCGACUUUCGGCAGUUCUUCGGCUGGGAUCGCAUGGCGGACCAGCUGAGGUCCCUGACAGUCAAGCGAGCGAGCCUCACCGACCCUGCUGAUAUUCUCAUCGACAUCGUGCUUGACGACAUGGAUAAAAGGAGACGGCGAACAUCGAAGUCACAUUCGUCACCGACAACAACAUGGCCCGGAACUGCUAGCCCACGGCGGAGUAUGACGCUGGCGACUCCUGCCGAGUUGAAGAAGUCAACUUCGGCACCGGGAUCGCCGGGUACACGAGCUGCAGAUCUGAAUGUCGGCUCCAUAGGGAGCGAGGCCGCUGUCGACCAUGAGAACGAGCUUGCCCUUCGGAACAGCAGGCGAGCCUCUGUCGCUGUCGUCGAGGUACCUAAGUCGCCCACAAAGAGCUCACGUCCCAGGAGCCACUCUCCCAGGAGGCCCGCUAGUGCUCGGCACGGUUCCCAUCACGUCCGCGGCUCUCACAAGGUCCAUCGCUCAGGCUCCGGCAGCUCGCAGUCGAGCAUGUCCGAUUCCUGGCACCACAACCGGGGCAGCACUUCAAACCUUCUGUCUACGGGUGCGCUUCCGUCCUCAAAAUGGCGUUUCUUGAGGCAUCUGAGUCUCGCAGAGAACGGCCUUGUCUCGAUACCCGAGGCCAGUCUUGCGCCUUUGGCCAAUACACUCUACUCGCUUGACCUGUCCUCGAACGAGUUCAACGAGAUCCCUGACAGCCUGGCCACGCUCACUGCCCUCCGGGCUCUUAACCUGUCAAAGUGCACUAUCGAGUCUCUCCACUCGCUCACGCGCAAUCCGCUGCCGGCAAUCACGGCAUUGAACCUGCGGGACAACCGCCUUCAAUCGCUGGCCGGAAUCGAGAGACUGUAUCCAUUGGAGAGGCUGGACUUGAGGGACAACCGUCUGACAGACCCUGUCGAGCUAGCGCGCUUGACGAGAAUUCCUGACAUCCGUGAGAUUUGGGUCGAGGGAAACCCUUUCACCCGCACGCACAAGGACUACCGUAUCACAAUCUUCAACUUGUUCAGGCAGUCGCCUGGCUACACUGAGGAUGUUUUGAUUGACAUGACGGGUCCCACCUACUCGGAAAGGAAGCAUCUAGUUGAACGUACCCAGGAGCCAGCUCCGGUUCCUGUCAUCAAGCCUCCGGUCCCGGAGUUGAAGGCGGUUGACGUGAGCAAGCCGGCGAUCGUCUACGACAACCCCAAGGAGCCCUCGGUGCUUCGUAAAGAGCGCCCGGCGCCAAAAGCGACCGCCAGUGAGGUCAACACCAACUCCACUCGGAGCCGUCGCAGAGCGCCAAAACGGCGCAUUGUGGAUCUGGCCGACUCUCAAGCUCAUGUUGCCAGGCAGCCAGGUGAAAACGAAGCAAUGGGGGCAGUGACUGGCCUCGAUAGCAACUACCGUAUUUCACAAACCACCGAGAUACAUCAAAACAACCCCAACGUGGCAGAGGAAGGCCGGACCCAGGCGAGCCGUGGUGUCCCCCGCAUCGACACAUCUGUCAUUCCCAAGCUACCACCUGUGUCGCCUACCCAGGAAAUUGGAACGCCCACAUCGUGGACGGACUCCCAGAAAUGGGAUGUCGGAGGCGAGAUGUACCGGCGCAAGAUUGAGGCCUUGCGAACUCAAGUUGGCGAGGGCUACCUCAACGUUCUCAGUGAAGAGCACUGGGAUGUGAACGGUACACCUCACUUUCCGGGGUCGCGUUUCGGACAUCCUGACUCACCAAUGCACCCAAGUCCGGCCGUACAUCGACCAACUCUGCAACCUAUCCACAGCGGUCGCACACUUGGAUGA